CUUCCGGGUGGGUUGGAACAGGGGCCAAGGCCAUGGCUCUCUGGGCGCUGCUCAGCCCUGGGGUUCUGGUUCGGACUGGGCACACCGUGCUGACCUGGGGAAUCACGCUGGUGCUCUUCCUGCACGACACCGAGCUCCGCCAGUGGGAAGAGCAAGGGGAGCUGUUCCUGCCCCUCACCUUCCUGCUCCUGGUUCUGGGCUCCCUGCUGCUCUACCUGGCUGUAUCACUCAUGGACCCGGGAUAUGUGGCUACUCAACCUCAGGAGGAGCUCAAGGAGGAACAGACAGCCAUGGUUCCUCAGGCUAUCCCACUCCGGCGGUGCAGAUACUGCCUAGUGCUGCAACCCCUGCGAGCCCGCCACUGUCGGGACUGCCGCCGCUGUGUUCGCCGCUAUGACCACCACUGUCCCUGGAUGGAGAACUGCGUAGGUGAACGCAACCACCCCCUCUUUGUGGCUUACCUGGCGCUGCAGCUAGUGGUUCUCCUCUGGGGCCUGUGCCUGGCAUGGUCCGGCCUCCGAUUCUUCAGGCCCUGGGGACUGUGGCUACGGUCUACCGGGCUCCUGUUUACCACCUUCCUGCUGCUUGCUUUCUUCUCAUUGGUGGUCAGCCUGCUGCUGGCCUCACACCUCUACCUGGUGGCCAGCAAUACUACUACCUGGGAGUUCAUAUCCUCUCACCGAAUCGCCUACCUCCGUCAGCGCACCAGCAACCCCUUUGACCGAGGUCUGACUCGAAACCUGGCCCACUUUUUCUGUGGGUGGCCCUCUGGACCCUGGGAGACCCUCUGGGCUGAAGAAGAGGAGGAAGGCAGCAGCCAGGCUGUCUAGGGCUGCUGGAGAGAAGGCUGCCAUUGGUGCCUAAAAACCAGAGGCUGUGCCACUAGGGGGUCAGCCCAGUUAGCCUGAGCUCUUUACUCCGUCCCGGGGCUCCCACCCUCAGCAUAUAUAACCCCCACACAAGGAAGAGGACAUGAGUGAGGGGGGAGGGUGCUAGACACCAAGAGAACCCAGACUCCACGACCCCUGGCCAGGCUACCUCAAAUGUACAGUUUUAUUAAUUUAAUACUCUAUAAAGGCAAGUAUUAAAAAGACAAACCGUCC